CGCAGUGACUGCCAAUGCAAAUAUGUAUGUGGGUGGUCUCAUGUAAGACGUAGUCUUCGUGUUAAAUUUGUCAGCUGCAAUAUGUGCAAAGGAGCCAAGAAAUAAACGUAGCUUUCCGAAGCGAAAAAGUUAAAGUAUAUUUUGAUAAUUAUUUUUCUAAUAGUUUACAGAUUUCAUAGUUUCUGCUAACGCAAACCUUUUUGUAUUAAGAAAUAAAAUCAUCUUUUUAUUAAAUUAAAUAUAAUUAUUUCCUUUCCAAAACUCUCCAGCAAGCCCAAAGUCUUUAGUCAAUUGCGAGUCAAUUUCGAUAGUGGGAACUAGGAGGAAAGUGCUCGGUGAGAUGAGCUACAAGCUGACCACUCUGCUCAAGCUCAAAAUAAUUGAAGCAAUGUUCCGAAAGUAGUGGUUAGUUACAUAGUUUGAUUUUACAAAGAGAGUUAAAAAAGGAAGAUCAUAGUUUUAGUCAUUUUGCAGUUCUGAAACAUUUCGCUAAUCGACUGCUAGUUCUCCUUCGCUGUCCAGCUUUCGCCAGAGUAAGGUUGAGGCAACUUGGUUGCCAUACUUUCUACGAACUUGCCGACGUUCCUGAAGUAGAUACUAGCCGACUGAAUAAAUUGGUGGCUGGUUCUAGGGCUUUGGUAGCUAUACAACGGUCUUUUUGAUCCGUACUUAGCAGUUCUGGGGCUCUCAACGAACAAGCGUCUGCAGCAGUCCAAGUGGCAUCGUAGUCUCACGAAUAUCAGUGUAUUUACCUAAGCUAACCUGAGUGCUUGAUUUAUUUCGAAAGAUCUGGGAUGUAAGACUAAUUCCAGAGCUCCACCGAAGGGUUAAAAGUUUUCAAAAUGUUUUAACAAGGUGUCAAUUUGUUGUAAACCGAAAAUCAGAAAAGAAAAUUCACCGCAUACAAACAAAUAUUCAAACGCAAAAUUACAAAUGUGCAUAAAUGGAAAGAAAAUCCUCCUUUGAGUCACGCAACAAACGACAACUACAAUCCGAUGUGGAGAGCAAGAGAAAGCGGCACAAGGGCGGCAGCAAUAAGCAAAAACUCGAUGGAGAUAUUCGAAUGGAAACCAUCAUUUAUAAAUUGGAUAGUCGAAAUAAAAUUGUUUUACCAAGAGCCGAUGAAACAAAUACAGACAAUGAAUUUCUGCAAUAUGUUAAAGCACGUAUCGAAGAAAAAAGUUUGCCGGCCAAUGGAAGGAGAAACAGUAAGGAUAAAACGAAGAAGCACGAAUACACGCGAAAACCAAGGCGAUAUAGUUACGACAGUAGCACAUCCAUUGACGAGCAUACAGCGAAACAUGCACGGAAUAGCACCAGCGGCGGGCAUAGGGGAUCAAGAAGUGGACGAUACAAGCAUGCCGACGACUACGAUGGCAGCGAAGAAAGAAUGUCGCAUAAUUAUGGUAAACGUCCCUCGAAUGGUUACGAUAGAAAUGUAGGCUCUUGCGGCUGCACACGCCGGAACAACAGUGUUGCCGAUUAUGACAGGCGUCCCUCGAACGGUUACGAUAGGAAUGUAGACUUUUGCAGCUGCACACACGGCAACAACAGUGUUGCCGUACCGAAGGAAAUGGCAUACGCGCGCGAACAAAAAGCGGCGCCUGUGAACGGACAGCAUUUUUGCGAGCUGAGUGAAGAGCAAAUGCUGCAGUGUUUCCAGCUGGUGUUCAAAAAACUAUGCACAUUACGAAAUGCUAAUGGCACGAGACUGGAAAUUGAUGUUGCUACGCCAAGUCAGGAAGAAAGUCCAGAAGCAACGUCAACAACUCGACCCCAGCGAUACACGCCACCACCGCAAACACUGCCGCAUCCACAGCCAACACCACAGCCACCACCACUGCCACAACCACCACCACCACCACCAGAGAGACUGCACGAGCCAGUUGAAACCCGCGUUUUAGGCAAGCAGUUUGAUGUCAACAACGGCCAGUUCGCUAAUGUAACUGACAAUCAGAAUCAAUCAGAAAACUCUCCAAGGCAAUCAUUUGGUGGUGCCGAGCCGAUCAGUGAAGUUCCAGAACAAAAUCAGCAACACGCUCAUCAAUUAACUCCCAAUGUUCCAAUGGAACAGCAUUAUGAACAACAACAGCAGCAACAGCAAUACGAACAAGAGCCUUCUAAGCCAUUGGAAGCUGUUGAGAGGCAUAGCAGUCUUACAUUUAUGGAGAGGUAUCCCACAGAAUUCGACCCAGAUAGCAUGCAUUUCACACACCCGAUAAGAACUUCAACUCAGUCUGGUGUUGCCGGCCGGGAGAGCUUAGGGGGAAAUUAUGUACAAGGCGGAGGCAGUCAGGCGGCUAACGGGGCGAACACAAACUAUCCCAUCUAUCCAUAUGGUUAUAAAAAUGGUUUACAAAAAUUAUCGGCCACCAGUGUUAGAAUUAUACCGAACGUCACGGUUGUGGAUUGUAAUGACAAUUUUUGUUCAAUUCCAUUAUGCUCACCGAAUAACAAUGAAAGCUACGAGUAUAUUCUGAUGCGAGUGAAAAAGAACAGAACGGUUCAGUGCAAUUGUAAGAGGUGAACGUGUGUCCACGAUAUCAAAGGUAUUACUUCCAAAGUAGUGCUAAAGUCAAAGUCAACAAUUAUAAACCAGGUCUUAUAUCGAAAAAGGCAAAUGCAUCCCAACUAAAUUACCAUAAUCAACAGAACCCGUUUUAAAAUAAUACCCACAGCUGUAACCAGAGUUAGUAAUGCCUAACUAAUAAGAUCUAAACGAGCACAAAGUAAUUGCAAGGAAAUGGACAAAACACCAUACGAAAGUCAGAGUAAU